GCUCAAAUGGAUGUCCCGGAUGAAAAUGGCCGAACACCUUUAUCCUACGCCGCCGAAUAUGGCCAGGAAGCUAUUGUACGCUUGCUUCUCGAGAAAGAUGUUAAAGCUGACAUAGCGGAUAAAUACGGCCGAACGCCGUUGUAUUAUGCUAUCAACAACACUCUCGACUAUGAACACGAUAGCCUUGUGCGUUUGCUCCUUGACAAAGGUGCUCAAACGGAGAUACUGGCUGAUGACGGUCAGACGCUACUAUCUUACGCUACCGAAUUUGGGAAUAAAACUAUCGUGCACGUACUCCUUGAUAAAGGUGCUAAAGUCGACAUCCUCGAUAAAUACGGCCGGACGCCAUUAUCCUACGCUGCAGAACAUGGCUUUGAAACUAUAGUACAAUCACUUUUGAAUAGCAACACUCAAGCCAACAUGUCGUGUAGAGACGGCCGGACGCCCUUGUCCUACGCCGCCGAACAUGGC